AUGGCAGCGCGACUGAGCUUUUGCGAUCUCUCGCAUGUAACUCACUUGGCAUUUGUCUGCUGCUAUUGGUGCCCUCACACAGCUCAAUCUGACUGUAUGAUAAACAAUGCAGCAACCCAACUUGAACUGUCAUCUCUGUUGCGAGAGAACAUCGCCGAGUAUAUAUCUACCAUAGACGACGAACAGCGCGAUAACGUGCCUGAUACAAAGCGUUUGCCCUGA